UGCUAAUCGCUGAAUGAAACUAAACAAAAUUUUCAGUUUUCGAUCAUCACAAAGCACAUUUGAGAUUUGACUCUCAAUUCUCUUCAUCUGUUUCAAUCAUGUUUGUCAAGAAGCUCGUGGAGAAAGCUUCCAUAAAGAAGAUCGGUGGAAAUUCAUCAGAUGGGUUAAAAGGCAGUGAUGUAGAUCCACGUCUGAUAUUUCAUCAAGGGGUACCAUCAGAUGGUGACAAAGUCGCCUAUGACAAUAUUCAGAAAAUACUAGCUAUUUCUACCAAGGAUGGACGAAUUAAACUAUUUGGAAAAGACAAUUCUCAAGUCCUUCUUAUAUCUAGUGAGCUAGUGCCUAGCAAGUUUUUACAGUUUAUACAGAAUCAAGGCAUCCUUAUAAAUGUCACUUCCAAUAACCAUAUUGAGGUUUGGGACAUAGACAGAAAACUAUUGUGUGAUGUGUACAUUGUUAAAGCAAAAAUAACUUGUUUUGAAGUCAUCCAACACAGCCUCUAUAUGUAUUUUGGAGAUUCUAAUGGUAAUAUUUCAGUUUUGAAACUUCAUAAAAAACCAUGGUAUGUGGUACAGAUGAAGUACAUCAUACCCCUCUCAGCUUCAUAUGGGAAUCCAACUGAAGUGUCUGAUGACACAGUUGUGACACAUAUUCUGCCUCAACCAGCAGCUGAAAGCCAAAGAGUUCUCAUAAUCUUCAGAAAUGGCCAAAUAAUAUUAUGGGAUAUUCGAGAAAGCAAAACCAUUGCAAGAACAGGAGGAAAUAUGUCACAGCCACUGCAUAAUGAAUCAAAGAGAGUGUCUUGUGCAUGUUGGGUGUGUCCUUUUGGAAGUAAGGUGGUUGUAGGGUACAGCAAUGGAGAGCUCUUCAUUUGGAGCAUCCCUUCCCUAAACAGAACAAGUGGUUCAGCAUCUGAUCUUAAUAGUCAAAAAACUCCUAUAUUUAAACUUAACUUAGGAUAUAAAUCAGACAGAAUUUCCAUAAGAUCAGUAAAAUGGAUUUAUGCUGAAGGAAAAGCUAGUCGACUAUAUGUCAUGGGAGCUUCAAACUUGUUGCAGGUAGUGUUGUUGAAUGAACACAUUGAAUCUCGCACAAUUAAGUUGGGGCUUAGUUUGUUUGAAUGCUGUAUUGACAUGGAGAUCAUAUCAACCUCAAGUGAGCAAAGCAAGCAGAAACAAAAUUCUUUGCUUUUGCUUGGGAAAUCAGGCCACAUAUACUUGUAUGAUGAUAAUUUGAUUGAAAGGUAUCUACUGCAAUCCCAGUCUAAGUCCAAUCCCUCACUACCAAAGGAAGUGGCUGUGAAGUUACCACUAGCAGAUUCAAGCAUCACAACAGCAAAAUUCAUCUCCAACAAUCCCAAUAUGUUUAAUUCUAAAGAUGAGGAUUACAGUCAGAUGGUCAAAAACUACCCGCCACUUAUUCCAAUUGAAACAAAUCACAAAGAUGGGAUUAACAUGAGUUCUGCAAACUUCACUGGAUUUUCAAAUGUUAAAAAUCUGUACAUAACUGGACAUAGUAAUGGAGCCAUCACUUUUUGGGAUGCAUCAUGUCCCUUUUUCAUCCCAAUUUUGCAGAUAAAGCAACAGAGUGAUAGCAAUUUUUCAUUAAGUGGCAUACCUUUGACAGAAUUAUAUUUUGAUAUCAACUCUCCUCUCCUUGUUUCUGGUGAUCAGAGUGGAAUGGUUCGAAUAAUUAGAUUCAAACCCGAACCAUAUGCAUUCAACAGUUUCAUGUCUCUUACUGGAGGUACAAAAAAAGGUGCUGAUCAUGUAAUCUGCAGUGUGAAACUUGUGAAGACUAUUGGUGCUGUAACUUGUAUGAACAUAGAUCACAUAUCAGGGCAUCUUGCUGUUGGUUCUGACCAAGGAAAUGUUUCAGUUAUUGACAUGGAUGGCCCAUCUCUGUUAUAUCAGAAACAUAUUGCUAGUGAAUUUUCUACUGGUAUCAUCUCUCUGCAGUUCAUAACCUGCAGUUUAAAUGGUUUUGAGAAAAACAUUUUAGUAGUUGGAACAAUGGACUCAUCUGUUCAGGCACUACAUAGUGAAACUGGAAAUACAUUGUGCCCUGAAAGUGUUCAUCCUACGAAGCCCUCUAAGGCUCUAUUUAUGCAGGUGUUAGAUAGACAAAGAAAAACUAUCAUAGGAUCAAUUACCAAAGAUGGCUUAAGCUUGAGAGAAGGAAAUCAAAUUGAGGAUGCAACAACAAAACAAUUAUACGUCUUACUGUGUUCUGAGAAGGCCUUGUAUGUCUAUUCUUUUGAGCAUGCUCUGCAGGGAAUCAAAAAAGUGCUUUACAAAAAGAAGUUUCAUUCUUCUUCCUGUUGCUGGGCAUCAACAUUUUAUAGCCCCUCUGAUAUCGGUCUCACACUUCUUUUCAGCAGUGGAAAAGUAGAAUUAAGGUCUUUGCCAGAGUUAUCUCUGAUAGUGGAUACUUCAAUUAGAGGUUUCACUUAUUCACCUCCAAAAUUGAAGUCACCUUCUGAACACCAAAUAUGCUGUUCAUCCAGAGGAGAUAUUGUUUUGGUGAACGGUGACCAGGAAAUUUGUGUUGUCUCAUUGUUGGUCCAGAGAAACAUUUUCAGACUUUUGGACUCUGUUAGCUGCAUCUACAGGAAGGAAAUGAUGCUAUCACAAGAAAAUCUUGUUUCUGGCUCAGCCAUCCACAAGGAAAAUAAAAGGGGCAUAUUCAGCUCCGUUAUGAAAGAUUUUACAAGCAGUAAAGAAAAACAAAUGCUCAUCAUGGAAAAAGAAGAUCCUGAAGAAGGUAUCCAGGAACUCUCAGCAAUCUUUUCAAAUGCAAAUUUUCCAUCGGGUGAUAAAAAUAAUGAUAAUCCAACUGAAGAUGAAAAUCAGCUGGAAUUAAACAUAGAUGACAUUGACCUAGAGGAUCAUGCAGAAAAACGCAAAGAACCACACUUAUUAGGAGCUUUUAAUAAGAACUUGGCCGGCAAAUUUCAGGCUCUGAAAGGAAGAUUGAAAGAGAAGAAGGGAAACAACCAGAAAGCUUCAGAUAACGAAGAACAGCAACAUGAGAAAACUGGUGAAGUCGAUCAGAUUAAGAAGAAAUAUGGAUUUUCUUCUUCCUCAGAUGAAACAGGCGUUGCUAAUUUGGCAAAAAGCAAGCUGCAGGAAAACACAAGAAAGUUGGAGGGUAUCAGGCUACGUACUACAGAGAUGCAAGAUACAGCAAAAUCAUUUUCAUCACUGGCAAAACAAGUGCUAAGAAAUGCUGGGCAGGAUAGACGGAAUUGAUAGAACCAACCUAUAAGAUUCAUGUGUUUAUUUGGGAUCAAGUUAUAUUGAGAUUUGAAGCUUCACAACUUUUCUUUAUCCCCUGAAGAUUUUGUCCAAAAUACAAACUACUGGAUCUACAGUCAUUAAGUCAAUGCAAACGGACUACCAUGCAGAGAAAUCAAGCAUGCAUACUUGCACAGCUCAAUCCACUUAACUGUCCUCAUACAUUUGUUAUUUGACCAAUAAACUCACUAACCUAUGAUUUUUCUAGAAGAAAAGCUAAUUUAGCUUUACUUUUUUUGUGCUAGUUUUGUCACUUUUCAGAUGGAACUGCUCCAUCGAUGCAUUGUGCAGAAGGUAGAGUAGAGAAUAAGUCACAAAUCAUAGUGUAAAGACCAGCAACUGACUCACACCCAUAUACAAGUUAUUAGCUCCGAAAUGUUGAAAUUAAAAUAGCAUAACCUUAUGUUAGUAUUUUCUCUUAACUUUCUCUCUUUUAAGAGAAUUAUUAUGGUGGAAU